AGUGACAAAUGGUAUAGUUGAAGGUCACGGUCAACGUGGCGUAUCCUCCUAUGUAAGAAGUAAAUAAACGUAGUCAUUACAAUAUUAAUCAUGAGCUGGAAUAAUAGAGAUUUGGACGACCAAUUUGGUAGACCUGUCUAUCCUACCAAAAGUGAUGAACCAGAAGAAGAACGAGUGUGUGGAUGGGGAGAAGGUACUGCUCAGCAACAGAUAGAGGGUUCAAUGACUAGACAAUUAAAUUCAACAAAGCAAUCCUUAAGACUGAUAGCUCAAUCAGAGGAAAUAGGUAUUACUGCUGCCCAAGAAUUAGAUCAGCAAGGAGAGCAAUUAGACAAUAUUGAGAAAAAUCUAGAUAAAGUGAAUACUGAUGUCAGAGCUACUCAAAAGCAUUUAGAUAGUAUUAAGAGCGUUUUUGGUGGUUUGAAAAACUGGUUUACUGGAGCUAAUAAGACGGCUGAAGAAGAAAGAAAAAAAACGGAAGAAGCUUCACGUCAACGUCUGGAGCGAAAACGCGAAGAAGAAAGCAAAUUGCAGAAGGUUAUAAAUGAAAAUCAACGUAUAUCAACUCAACAGCGUCAAACAAAUAUGAAUAUGAAUGAUAACAUCUUCGAUCAAUCAAAUCCAAUGGCGAAGCACGAAGCAGUUUUAAAUGAAAAUUUAGGUAAAAAUUUGUAUAGAAUUAUAAGAGAGAAGAUAAUACUCAUUAUGCUGGAUUUGUUUUGGUUCUCUUUUUUAUUUAAAUGUAGUUAGCUUGACGCUACGGCUUCUGUUUUACAGAAGCUUCCAGUAUAGUUACAAUAUUGUCAUUUUGAACAGUUAUUUACAUAUUUAUUUACGGUUAAUCUACAUACAAUGUUUCAAUUUACAUCGCUUAACCUUACUAUUUAUCUUUCUUUUCAACAGACUUAAUGCAAGGUGGAAUUUCUCGUUUGAAAAAUUUAUCCUUAGGUCUACAAAAUGAAAUUGAUAGUCAGAAUGAUCAGCUGGAAUCAAUAACCUCAAAGGCCGAAAGAGCUGAUACAAGAAUAAGAGAUCAGAAUAGGCAAAUGGGGCAGAUAUUAAAAUAAAAGAAUCACUUUAUGUUUCUAUUUUUUAUUUGCAAUUAAUUUUUUUCUUCUAUUUUUCUCUUUUCUCACUUAAAAACAAGAAAAGAAAAGGAUAGAAGAUACUUACUAUAGUAUUUAAACAAUUCGUUAUAGUUUCUUUCCAAUAAUUCCAGGUUAUCUUUUUGAUUUAAUACUUAACUAACUAUAUACGGUAGAUAUUAAAAUAUACAGUAUGUAUUUACUAUUACUGCAAUCGUUUUGUUCAAAGUUUGUUU